CGGAAGAACAGAUGGGAGCCGGGAGAGACAGAAGGAGCUAAGGAUUGUGGGAAGUCCUGGGGCCGGAAGCAGCCGGCAGAUCCGCCGGCUGGAGCACUAAUCCGCAUGCGCUAAGCCGGGUGCCUGUGAGCCCGCCCUCCCCGACGCCCAACCUGGCGUCCAGUCUCCUAGCAACGACGCUUAGCCUCUUGGGCACAGCUCUUUUCUUUUGAUCCGUACCCGCCACUCUCUACCCACAAUCCCCGUUUUGCUAGUCCUUUUGCACCCCUCAAACUCCAGAGCCCCCGCCUCGAUUUACUUUUGUCUUCUACCCCACCUCAUUAAUUGGCUCUGAAUCAACCACUUUCCCUUGUCCUUCGAGUCUCCGAGCGUCUCUCUCCUCAUACCAUCCUGGGUUCCGCCAUACCCGGGACUGUCCAAGUUGGUCUGCUUCCCUUCGUUCUAAUCCCAUGCCAGGCCAGUAACCUUUAAAUCAUGCCCGGAGCUAAGUCUGCCCAGAGUCCAGAGGAAGGGGGAGUGUGUAUUACUGAAGCCCUUAUCACUAAGCGGAACUUGGCCUUCCCUGAGGAUGAGGAUCUGUCAGAGAAGAUGUUUCACACUCUGGCUGAACUGCAGACUGUCCGCCUGGACCGGGAGGGGAUUACCACUAUCGGGAACCUUGAGGGCCUCCAGAACCUUCACAGCCUUUAUCUGCAAGCGAAUAAGAUCCAGCGGAUUGAGAACCUGGCCUGCGUCCCCUCCUUGCGCUUCCUGUCUCUGGCAGGAAACCAAAUCAAGCAGGUGGAAAACCUCCGUGACCUCCCACAUCUCCAGUUUCUGGACCUUUCUGAGAACCUGAUAGAAACCCUGAAGCUGGAUGAGUUCCCCCAGAGCAUUCUCAUCCUCAACCUGACUGGAAAUAGCUGCACCAACCAGGACAGGUACAGAGAGCUGGUGACAGAAGCCCUGCCGCUGCUCCUGGACCUGGACAAGCAGCCCGUGUUAGAGCGCUGGACCUCGGAUGAGGAGGAGAAAGCCUCGGGCGAUGAGGAGGAGGAGGAGUUCCCGGAGCUGAGUGGCCCGUUCUGCACAGAGCGAGGCUUCCUCCAGGAGCUGGAGCAGGAGAUGGGCAGACACAAGGAGCGCAGACAGCAGGCAGCCCUGGCUGAGCACAUUCUGAGGAUGGAGACAAAGCCCGCCCUCACUGGCCUCCCCCUGCUGCCUGGGGGGCCCAUGGCUAGGGACAGCAGUCUCUCUGUCACUCCCAAGCAAGGGACGGAGACAUCCCCCAAGGCUGCCUCCUUGCCACAGGCCACCUCUGCCAGCAAGAAACCCUGCCCUCUGGUUUCCGGCCAGCAAAGCGCUGUCCCGGCAAAGAAGGGGACCCCCUCUGUGGCUGGGGCCUCUAGCACAACCAAAACUGUGACCAAAAGAAUCCAGAAGUGAAGUGCAGCCCGUCCCUACCAGCAGUACCCCAGGCACAAGGACUGGGGAAGAACAGGGCAUGGGGUAGGGCCUCCCCUCCUUCUCAGACCCCGCCCCUGUGGCAGGAGCCUACCCCAGUAAAAUGUCUCCCA